AUGCCAGUGCCAAUUAAAGUCGGUCUGGAUGCUGCCUGGCCUAAGCGUGGUUCAGGAUUUAAGUAUGAUAGUCUCUCAGGUGUUGCAACGUCUGUGGGGGUGGCAACAGGUAAAAUAGUUGCUCGUGGCACGAGGAAUAAAGCGUGUAGAUUUUGUAAGCUAGGAUAUGCUCCAGAGGAUCACAACUGCCAACGCAAUUGGGAUGGGAGUGCGAAAGCAAUGGAGGCUAGCAUCGCAGAAGAAAUACUAACGAAGAAUAAACAAUUUGAAGAAGAAAAUGUCAUUCUUGGUACAUUGAUCGGCGAUGACGAUAGCUCAACGAUUGCUGCAAUUCGUCGAGAGUGCAAACAUCCUGUUGCUAAAUGGUCUGAUCUGAAUCAUGCUACAAAACAAUUAAAUAAUGCUUUGUGGAAAAAUAAAGUAAACAGACAGGUCAUUGAUCACUUGAAGUUUGCUUUCGGGUGUGCGUUGAAGAAAAAUAAGGAUGAUGUGUCAGGUACUGGAAGAAGUAUAACAAAUAUUGUUCCCCAUGCAUUUGACGAGCAUGAGAACUGUGGAGAUUGGUGCAAAUGGAAGGAUGACCCUAACAACUAUGUCCACAAAUAUUUACCAGGUGGUAAAGCUCUUGUUGGUGAUUCCCUAAGAAAAACUUUGGAUGACAUUUUGGAUAAAUUCUGGAAAAACGCAGAUAAAUUAGCACCCUGUGGAUCAACCCAAAUUAACGAAAAUCUAAAUGCUAUAAUCUGUAGUAAAGCUCCAAAAAGUCAUCAUUAUGGUGACUCUGAGGGAUACAAUUUUCGUGUAGAUGCAGCAAUUUUGCAGAAAAAUGAAGGGACUAGCUACAUAACGGAUGGAAAUUUGAAAUGUCAAGUUUCCCCAGGGAAAAUCACAAAUAAAUUCCGAGCCAUCAAAGAUAUCAAGCGCGAGAAGCAAGCAAAUAGGAUGAAGGCGCCAGCUUAUAAGAGGAGGAGAAAAGAGUUGAAACAGGGGAGAACGAAGAAUAAUAAAAACUUGACGAGAAAAGAGGGAGUAACAUACUCUACAGCAUGUGCCAUGGACCGUGUUGGGAAUUUUAUCGAUGAGUCAAUAGCAAGGAAAACAAUACCAGAUGAUCUAGAAUUUGUUUAUUUUGAUUUAGAGACGACAGGACUAAACAAUAAAACUGAUGAAAUUUGUCAGAUAGCUGCCAAAGUCAAUGACACUGAGAUUCAAGCUUUCAUAAUGCCAAAAAAUGGGAUUCCACCAAACGUCACUAAGAUCACAAAUUUAUCAAUUAAUGAAGGUUGUAUGUAUUACAAUGAAAAUCCUGUAGAAACAAUAUCUCUGUGUGCAGCACUCUUGGCUGUGAUAGAGUUUUUGCGACGAUUGGGAAAGCCUAUAAUCCUCGUAGCUCAUAAUGGAUUUCGAUUCGACGUUCCUCUUUUAAUUAGGGACAUUAGAGCAGUUGAUCUAUGGGAUGAGUUUAACGAAGUUGUGCAUGGUUUUGUCGACACUUAUCAGGUCCUUCAGAAAAUGUUGCCUCAACGCAAAAAAGAUCAGCUAAAAUUCAAUCAAGGUGAUCUUGCUCGCGAUUUCUUAGGCGCUGAGUCUGAUGAGGGAGCCCAUAAUGCUUUAAAUGAUGUGACAGUCCUCCAAAAAAUCAUUAAUAAAAUUCCAAUCCUCAAAGAAGACUUCAGAAGUCAUGCUAAGACUGUUAGCUCGGUGCUAUUCGAAAUGAGGAUGUCAGCUAGGAAAAAAUCCUUGGAAUGUUUGCAGAACAACGUGACCAAAAGCAUGAUGCUUAAAAUUGCUAAAGCAGGUCUCUCACUAAGCACAUUGAAGAAGUGUGGGAAAUACGCUUUGGCUGUGUCGUUAUCGAAACCGAAUGAUUUGGGUAAUGCUGACAAUGGCAUGUGA